AAUUGAUAAAAAAAAAUAACUAAGUUUUAUAGUUUUCGGAACUUUUUCACGUCUUCUGAACUUCUGAAGAUCGAAGAUAUCAAAAAUAAUAAUAACAAUUAACAAUUUAACUUAUAAGUAUAAGUUGUAUAACCUUAAUAACUAUUGUUGUUUAAAAUUAAUUUGUUACGUUUUUUUUUCUCUAAAUAAAUAAAAACUAUGCGUUCGUGUUAGUUGCAAUUAAAUCAUCAAACGCGUUAGCUAGAGUCACUGACAAUGUUUGCUUUGAAGAAAUCACUGACCACAUUAGCUGGCCGCCGACUGCGUGGGACUAGGUCGUUUCUGACGGAGGCGUACAGAUGCGAAGACGUUUGGCAAGAACGGCUGGACUGUUCGUUGCUGAAGAAAGUCCAACCUGAAGUGCUGUACCACAAGUUGUUCACUGCACUGGAACAAGGAUCUAAGCAGAUUAGUGCUGUUGAUCUGGAUGUGUUUGCAAACUCGCUGACGGACAAUACAUACGUGGAGGAGUUAGAGGAGCUCGCGCAUAAGUUUCGUUUGUCUGCGCAGACUGGCACGUUGCUGCCGUCUACACAUCAUGCAGUUGUGCGAUUGCUCGUUGCGUCAAAUAGCACCAAUGACCUCAUCAGGAUAUUAAAGGAUCGCCUAAAUUAUGGUAUUUUUCCCGACUACUAUCUGUGUAACUUACUAAUGGACCAUUUCAUAAAAGAGAAUGAUGUUCGAAAUGCCGCAGUGAUCGCUUCCAACCAAAUGUUACAAGAAGAACUAAACAAUGAUAUUACCAAAGCUAUGGGAUUAUAUUCCUGUUUGAAAUAUAUCACCAAUCCUACUGAAUGGGAAGAAGCAAAAAUAGUAACAGAAGAAACAAAUGAUGAUGAUGACGAUGAAGAAGAUAGACGAGUACGUGUCGACUUUUUGAGAAAUCCGUAUUUUGAUGGUCACUUUGAUUUGGCGGACGGUGAUCACUUGGUCGGAAAAACCAUGCUGGCAAUCAGCAGAAAAAUUGAUAGUACUAUAUUGGGAAAUAGCUUUAAGACCCUUGGAUUAGCUUAUUAUAAUCAGUGGGAUGAUUUAAGUAGUCAUCUAAAAAAACUUGACGGUUCUGUUUAUUUAGAAACAAUAGAAUUGGCAGUUACUGCAAUAGAUAAACGAGCACCUGAAAAUGCUGAGCAACUAAAAGAUGCACUUGCAAAAUUGCAAAUCGAAAACAAAAGUUUGACUGAAGAAUCAAAAAAUUUUGUAAAUGAGGCAGUAUCUAAAAACGAAGAAAAAGAAAUACAGACCCAAAAAACGAUUUACAAAGAAUGGGAAUCCUUCAGGCGAGAAGAGCUAUCUAGGUACCUUGAACAUUUAAAUAAGUUGAAACGUUUACAGAAGGUCCAACAGGCCAAACAAGAUCUCAAAGAAAAAGAACAGUUGUUGUUCUUCUUUGACAAUGAACAUAAACAUGACCUAGUUAAAGAAGAAAAACUGAAACGAAUGAAAAAGACAGUGGUUAAAGACAAGAGCCUUAAAGAUGAUUUAACAUAUGUACCACCAGAAAUCAGAAAACCUGGUUUUAAACGAGAUUAAACAAAACUAUAAGUUAAGUUAAAAAUUACAUGGUACCUACCUAUAGUAAUAAUUAAUAAAUAUUCAUAAUAUCUAAAUCUACAAACUAUUUUGUUAUUGAUUUUAUAUUUUAUUAAUGUCUUCUUGUAAAACUUAAGAAAUAUUGUAUUUUGUUUAAUUUUUUAUAAUUUAUUGAAAGUAAUCCACUAUAGUAGUUCAACAGGAUUGAGUAACCUGUUAGAUGUAAAUAAUAAUUUUAGAGUUUACGUGGCCCUUAGAAUAAUAAUUUUCACUGUAGAUAGGGGGCCUCAGAGAACAAAGUUCAAAUAAUAAGUUUCAUUUGAUAUACUUUAUUAGUACACAAUCUCAAUUAAAUAUUAAAUGCAGUAUUAUGAAAGACUUAUGCAUAAUAUUGCAUAUUAUAAUCAGCUGGGAUUUUUUGUGUGUGGGUUUCUGUUUUACCAUAACUAUUGAACUUGUUGUGUCUCUUAUGUAGUAUAAACAUAAUAUUAUGUAUGUGUGUAAUGUGUAUAUAUGUACAGGGAUGACCAAUAUGCCUAGUAAGCAUUAUUAUAUAUUUAUGUUAAUGGUUUGUAACUGUUUCUCAGAUCUGUGAUCCGCUAAUCUACAGUAGCUUUUAACUUUACUUUUACCUUUUAAAUCCCCAAUUGACCAAUAAAUUGCAUUUAAAAUAUAGACGGUAUCAUUAAAUUGUAUGUUAAAUAGUAAAUACUAACCUUAAUUUAUAACAUAAAGAAUAGAGACACAAUGUUUAUUCUGUUUUAUUAAGUGAUAUUAUUUAUUUUUUUUUACCGAUUCACUUAGUUAAAAACCCAUAAUUUAUUUAUAUAUAAUGUUAAUACAUAUUACACAUUUACAUACAAUAUUAAUUUAUAGAUGUAAAACAAAGAGUAAAAUGUUUUUUGUAGAAAUUAAAUUAAAUAAAACUUAACAAGAGUCAGGAAUAUCCUAAUAUACAUUGUUGGGGGGGGGGGGGGAAUUAAUACUGAUGCAUUCCCCUAUUCUAAUGCCUUACUUCAUCAAUUGCUUGAUUACUUCCUCCAAAAUCAUAUACAAUUACCUCUGUUUUACUCCUAUUUAUCCUACUUAGUCCAUUCCCUCUGCCUAACCUAAUAUGUUUUGUAAUUUCGUUUAAUACUAAGGAGAACAACAGGUAAGGUGUUGACACAGACGUAUUUAGUGGGGUUGGUGGUGGUGGUAGAGGGAUGAGAUUCUUCCCGGCGGCAUUAUUUUACAUUUUAACGUAUUGAUUUAAGAAUUAUGUGCUUUUACACAACAAAUAGUGCUUCAAUUUUCAACUUUGAGGGUGGUUUCUGGUAGUAAAUAAGAUCAAGUUGGUACUUUUGAGAGCUCAAAAUUGAAAUAACACGGUACUUUU